AUGUCUUCUGAGCCGAAGCCAAAAAAAGUGCGAAAUAUUGCAACAAAGUUGCAAAGCUGCAUUGAAAUAUGUGCCUCAUCCCUCGACCAAGUGUUCAAAACAACAAACUGGGAUGAUGCUACAGCUGCCUGGGAUGUAGUCCUCAUCCUUCUAGCUGCUGAGUGCAAGGUUGAGAAGGUAAUAUUCUUGUCCUCAGUGCACCUGAUCAAGCCUAAUGCAGGACUGUAUGAACAGCAGCAGAUCGAUGAUGUCAUUCGCAAUGGGCCAGAGAAACUCAAGGGUGUCAAGACAUUUCAAUAUCUAUGUGUUGCUCAGAAGCAUGUCAAGAUACUCAAAGAUGAGGUCAAAGCAAGCCGAUGGGCGAAACAGCGGGUGGUGCAGGAUUUGGACCUGAAGCGGCGCAUAGAUAAAGAGACCCUGAUUCAACAAGCUCAAGAGCUGGAUUUACAGGUCCAUUAUGUUGAAUUUGAUCCAGCUUUGGAUUACAAAUUCCCUCACAUCAAAAAGAAACCUGCUACAUGGCUUGUUGAUGAAUCAGAAGGCAUGCCACCACACCCAGAUCCAGCAAGGUUCCCCAAUGUUACAUAUAUCGGGAAAAAGGAAGAAGGGUGGAAAAUAUUAGACAGGGAGCAUUCACAUCUUGUCCUGAACAAGUGCACUGGAGAUAUAGAGCUUCUUGUGCUGCGCAAUGCAACAAACUUGUCACCAACUGGCAAGGCAUUGUUGGAACGUCUUCAGCAAAUCAAUAAUGAGCAUGCUCUUGAGCGCCGCAAUUUGCGUGUAUGUAUGUUGAGUAUCUGCUCAUUCUCUGCUGAAAUGCUGCACUAG